UAUUGAGUCGACUCAUUUGAAUGCGGAUGUUCAGCAAAUAAACGUGAAACCUGUAAUUUAAAUUAAGUUUCCGAUUUGUGUAUUGUGAAGUUUGGGUCACGCAAGAGGCAGAAAUCAGUUUUAUUCAAGACUAAAGAAAGAAGAACUAAGAUGUCAGACAGCAGCAGCUCAGUCGGUCUGCUGUCAUAUGAAACACUCGUGCAUGCUGUUGCAGGUGCUAUGGGCAGUGUUACGGCAAUGACUGUGUUUUUCCCUCUGGACACAGCCAGAAUAAGACUUCAAGUGGAUGAAAGCCGGAAGUCUAAGUCCACUCCCAUCAUUCUGGCUGAGAUAGCAAAGGAGGAGGGCAUAUCGUCUUUGUAUCGUGGCUGGUUCCCUGUGAUUUCCAGCCUGUGUUGCUCUAACUUUGUUUAUUUCUACACCUUCAACACCUUGAAGAAAGCGAUGGUCUCUGACAGAUCCAAACCUGGCAAAGAUCUGCUCAUGGGCUUCAUAUCAGGAGCCGUUAAUGUUCUCCUGACGACUCCCAUGUGGGUGGUCAACACGCGGCUGAAGCUUCAGGGUGCAAAGUUUAGGAACGAAGAUCUCCAUCAGACCCACUAUAAGGGCAUAUUUGAUGCCUUCUCCCAGAUUAUUGCCAACGAGGGCGUGGGAACUCUGUGGAACGGGACUCUGCCGUCUCUCGUGUUGGUCUUCAACCCUGCGGUUCAGUUCAUGUUUUACGAGGCUAUGAAACGGAAAGCAGGACGUGGAGGCAAAAGGAUAUCAUCACUUGAGAUCUUUCUCAUUGGUGCCAUUGCAAAAGCUAUUGCAACAACCGCAACAUAUCCACUGCAGACGGUUCAGGCUAUACUGAGGUUUGGACAGUAUAAAUCAGAUGGGAAAGGAGGUCUGCCGGGCAGCGUGAGGAAUGUGAUAUCUUUACUAAUGGACCGAAUCAAGAGACAUGGACUGUUAGGGUUAUAUAAAGGUUUAGAGGCGAAGCUUCUCCAGACAGUGUUGACGGCAGCUCUCAUGUUUGUGGUGUAUGAGAAGAUAACGUCUGCCAUGUUCAAACUCAUGGGUUUACAGAAAAAACUCAAGCAUUGAAAAACCGAGUUAUGUAAACUAAUAAGACUAAAUACUACCUCUGUAACGCACAGCCUCAAUGAGGAGCUCAACAUAUCUCAUCACGUACUACUCUGAUAUAACAUGGGUUAAUGUAGUAUGAUACCAGUUAAACAAUAUUAGUUUACACUGAAAGCGUUUAUGAAUACAAACAUUUAAUUUUUAACACAUGUUUUUUCUCUUUUAUUAGUUCACUGCAAAAAAUGAUUUAAGAAAAAAAAUUAGUAGCAUUUUGUCUUUUU